UAUGGUAUUGUGUGAUAUUACCACACUAUACCAUAUGGUAUUGGGUGGUAACGAAAUAUAUAUUGAUAUUACCACACUAUACCAUAUGGUAUUGGGUGGUAACGAAAUAUAUAUUGAUAUUACCACACUAUACCAUAUGGUAUAAACUGGUAAUAACUGGAAAAAAAUUUUGUGUCAAAAAAAUAUUAAAGUGGAUAUCAUUUUGAAGAGCAUAAUUAAUCUGAUCUAACUGUGCAAAAAAAAUUAAAUUUCGACUUAAAACGAGUGAGAAAUCUUCCGUUAAAGAUUAAGAGAAGGAAAAUUAAAGGUUUUUCGAUGAGAGAGAAGGAGGUCCUGAUGUGGUCGGUCAAAAGUCAGCGCGUCAGCAAUAAAUAGGGGAUAAAUGCAUUUUACCUUACUGCCCUUUAGCAUUUAAUUUAAAUAAAAAAGUAACUGACACGUGGAGAGAGGAGAGAGGGAUUACUGAUGGGUUACUCACCCGAUCUGCUCCCCAGGUAGCUGGCUAAGUUUAUUUCACUCUACUGUCAUAGCCAAGAAUAUAUUUUAAUGGGGUUAAAAAUUGAUGCAAUGUUUGUCCCCACGCUUCACCAAGAACCCAAAUUUCAGGAUUUGACAAGUCCGUCAAAAUAUGGGAUCAACAAUAAAGGUAGUUUCUUUGAAGAUAAGGCCCAUGGUUCAAAAUAUACUAAUUCACCUAAAAUAAUCCAUAAUUUUUAAUGUGCUUUCAUGGUUGUCAAACCCGGCUCUGACCGGCCAGUCCGACCGGGUUGGGCCGGAACCGGGCACAAAAGGGGCCAGCACCAGCCAUAUUCCGAGCUAGCCGGCAACCGGUCAAAGCCGGUCAAAACCGGGGUCUGCCCGGAUUUAUCCGGUUACCGGCUAGUGAUGAAACGACGACAGUUUGGAGAUUGAGAUUUGUAACCCUAAAUCCGAUUCCGCCCUUCCUUUCCGUCGAGUCAACCGAUGCAGCAAAGCAAGCAGCCCAGAUCUCCUCCGUCUCUCGUGCGUCCUCCAAAAUUUCCUCCUUCCGCCGGCAUCGAUCGACGCCUCUCGCGCACAGCGACGCCGCUCUCCUGCCAUCGCCUGGAACCGAGCUCCACACAUCUCGACCCAGCUCACCCCGUCGCGACACGACGCCUGCUCCCGGCGGCCUCGACGAGCUCCACACAUCUUGACCCAGCUCACCCCGCCGCGACACGACGCCUGCUCCCGGCGGCCUCGACCCAGCUCUCGGCCGCCUCAACCCAGCUCCCGUCGGCCCUACCCAGCUUCGUUCUUCUAUUAGGUUACUGUUUCCCAGCGGUAUUUUUCUUCUUUUCUUCUGGUGAGUAGCUUAGGAAACAAUAUAGAAUCUAUAGAUUCAUUCGCUUGUUGUGGUUGUUAUUAGUUGAUUAGGAAUUUAGGACGGAAUGCAGUAGCUUGGUAGAUGAAAUUGAUGAUGUUUUGCCAUCUUGUUAAUUACUUUAUUUUUAUUUUGAGAUGUCAUAUAAUAUAUGUGUAUAAUUUAUUAGGUGUUAGUGGAUCCCCAAUAUUAACUCCUAUAUCCUGUUAAAACCGGCUUAAUCCGGUUGAAUCCCGAUCCGACCAUUAAACCUCAAAUCCCUUGCCAAACCGGCUUGAAAACUUAAUCCGGUUUGACAACCUUGUGUGCUUUCACUUUCCAAGUAGGGUCAAUGGACCCGAGAAUCCCUAAACUAGCUCCGAUGCUCACAGAUUUGCACCGACAACCUGCUAUUGCUAAAGUUUGACAUUGAGAGCACAAUUUAUUUCGUUGUCACACGCGGCUAAUGUGGAGUAAUACAAGAAAAUGGGUUUUUUUAAGACAAAAAGUGUGAUUCUCAUUCCUCAAAAGAUAGAUUACUACAAUGGUGUAAAGGAAUGAACAUAACUGACAGAU